UAGUUUUUAUUAAAAUAUAAAAUAAAACAUGCAAGAACGACAAAUUAUUAGUGAGCAGCCAAAGAUAAGUGAAGAUGAAAAGAAAAAGCUAUUAGCUGAAUCAGAAACUUCUUUUUAUUACCGAAGGCGUAUCCAAAUUAAAGGUCUUCCUACUAAUGUAUCAGAAGAGCAAGUUGCAAAGAUUCUUCUGACUUCUUUUAACUACAACAAUAUAUACAAAGAUGCAAAUAAUACAGUUCACAUUUUGUUUUCGGUUCCUGAGCAAGCGCAAAAAGCUAUAAGUCAAUUUAAUGGCAAGUUAUUCAAUAACCAGGCAAUGGCUGCAUCUUACUCCCAAUCUACUUUUAUGCUAUAUGUCGGAAACUUGGCUUAUGAUUGCAGUCUUGAAAAAUUCCGUGAAUUGGCAUCACAGUGUGGUGCAAUUGAAAGAAUAUUUUUAGUUUAUGAUAAGAAGUCAGGUCUCAGUAAAGGCUAUGGAUUUGUUGAAUAUGUUAAUCAAGCAGAUGCUGAGACUGCACGUACAAAACUUGUUCAAGAGUCAAAGGAGAAAAAAUUAAAAAUUGACUAUGCUCCUUCUGGUCUAGACAGUUAUGAUAAAGUACAUAGUACAUCAUUAUGUGUUGAAAACUUUCCGCCCAAUACAUCAGUUGAUGAAAUAAAAGAAUUGUUAUCUUCUGAAGCUAAAAUAGUUUUUUGCCAGAUUGUUGGAGAUAGUGCACUAGUUGAUGUUGAAACUGUUGAUGAAGCAGACAAAGUUUGGUCAGAGUUAGAUGGUUCUGUACUAGGAGGUUCUUUAAUAAGUAUUUCUUUUUUGGCACCUUUGCGAACAGCAAAAUCAAUAUUGUUGAAAGACGAGGUUGAAAUUCCCUCAGCUGAUUCAAACGAUGAAAAUAAGGCUACUAAAGAUACAGCCAAUAGCGAAACAGUUAAUCCACUUUCAAAUAAAUUUCAAAAGCAAGCUACAGAAAAAGUUUUUACUCAAAAACAACCAUUAGAUACUGUUCGAACAAAAUUUGAGCCUAGAGGACCUACUGGAACACCUAAUAGAAAUUUAGGUUUUCAAUCUGGUAAUGAAAAUCAAAACCAGCAUGUUCGAAUGGGUAAUCAAAAUCAGCAAAUGCGUCCAGGUAAUUUUAAUCAGCAAGGGCGUCCUGGAAAUCCAAAUCAAUUUCCGAGAGCUGGUAAUCAACAACCAAGAUCAGGUAAUCCUAAUUUUCGACCUGGAAAUCCUAAUCAGCAAAAUCGACCUGGAAAUCCUAAUCAGCAAAAUCGACCUGAAAAUCCUGGUCACCAAACUAGACCUGGAAAUCCUAAUCAACAGAUUCGACCUGGAAAUCCUAACCAACAAACUCGGCCAGGAAAUCCUAACCAACAAAAUCGACCUGAAAAUCCUGGUCACCAAACUAGACCUGGAAAUCCUAAUCAACAGAUUCGACCUGGAAAUCCUAACCAGCAAAAUCGACCUGGAAAUCCUAACCAACAAAUUCGACCUGACAAUUCUAAUCAGCAAAUAAGACCAGGAAAUCCUAACCAGCAAUAUCGACAUGGAAAUCCUAACUUGCAAAAUAGACCCGACAAUCUUAAUCCGCAAAAUCGACAUGAAAAUCCUAACCAGCAAAAUCGAUUUGGAAAUCCUAACCAGCAAAAUCGAUUUGGUAACCCCAACCAACAAAAUCGACCAGGAAACCCUAACCAAUCUAUGUGGUCAGAUAAUCAAGGACACAGAAACCAGAAUUUUAGAAAUCCUAAUUCACCAUUAAUGGGAAAUCAAAAACAGCGUCAAAAUUUUGGUCCAGGUUUUCAACCAAAUGAUCAAAGAUUUUCUAACCCAAGGUUCCCAGGAUCGCCUAAUGAUCAACAAGGGCAUUACCAAAAUGAAAAAUUUUUUCCCCCUCAAACUCAUCAUGGUGGUUUUCAUCAAAAUGAUUCUCCUAACAAUUUUGCACAGCAGUCAAGCCAUUCAAAUUUUGGUCAAGAUACUCCAUUCCCUUCUAACAAAGAGCCUUUAGGAUCAAGGCAACAAAACUCUAAAAUGAUGCAAAAUCCGGAACAUAGGCAAAUGCUACCUCAGAAGCAAGAUUUUCAGCAGCCUAAACAGCAGUUUAAUCAAUCUAAAAAUUUAUCAAAUCAACCAUCCAACUCACUGAAUCCUCCCAACUCAUGGAACAAUGCAAAUAUUCCAAAUGAGAGUCAAAAUUAUUCUGAUCAAUUCAGUAAUAGUUAUUCAAAUCAACCUUCAAGUAAUUACGGUUCCUCAAAUAAUAAAGCUAAUCAGUACAGUAAUCCUUAUCAAGCUCCUAACUCUAAUAUGUCACAGACUGGCUAUGGUUAUAACAUGGCAGACCAAAACCAACAAGGACAAACAGGUUCACAAAUGUGGGGCAACCAAAACUAUUCACAAAAUAGUCAAUCAGCAAACAGCUCAUAUGAUUCCAGUCAAUGGAACUCUCAAGCUCAACCAAAUUUCCAAAAUUCAUUUCAACCGGACUCUAUGGGGCAACAGCAAAAAGAACCUCCAUGGUUGUCUAACAAUCAACAGCAAGACACAUCUGCAUCAUCAAAGCUAUCUCGUAAAUCAAGAUGGGGGCCUGAGCAAAACGGUCUUAACCCUGCACCAUCCUCCAAGCCUGAAAUAAUGGAAAACAAACUAAACUAUGAUCCAAGUCAUUCUAGCCAGGGUUAUCAAGCGCCUGCUGCUCAGACAAAUAAUCAACCAACAAACUGGAAUCAGAUGCAGGGUUAUCCAAUGCAAAAUACUUGGACAAACCCAGGAAAUGAUUGGAAUCAAUCACAUUCACAAUCUCAAAAGCCAGAUAAUAGCCAAGUGCCAACAUACAAUGUGAAACAGCAAAUUGCCAGCAGUCAAUACCCACAAACAAAUCCAUACAAUCCUUAUUCAAUGGGAGCUGUCCCAUCCAUGCCAAGUCAGUCUUCAAUUCCACCAGCUGCAGCUUCACAGCAACCACCAUCUCAACCAAAUGCAAGCUUUAAUCAACAAGGUUAUCCACAAGCACAGAUGACUAAUAAAACGAAUACUGCACCAAAUAUGGCUGCAGCUAAGUAUCCUGCUCAAGCUCCAGGAAGCAUGUCAAUGAAUGCAUACAGCAGUCCGUCAGUAGUCCAAACUGGAUAUAAUCAAACAGGAAGUGCUUCAACACUUGCGAGUGGCUAUGCCCCCACAGCUUCAGGGGCACUUAGUGGUGUACCUACUGCUUCAACAUUUCCAGGUGGUGUGCAGAGUUCUGUUGUUCCCUGUGCUGUACCUGUAGUUUCUACUCCUGUACCAAAUCCUGCUGCUCAACAAUAUAUUCAGUAUUAUCAGCAAUGGUAUGCAUCACAAAUGGCAACAAACACACCUGAGUAUGCAUCCUUAAUGGGUCAGGUAUCAUCUUUUGCUAACCAAUAUUUUAGUCAAGGUUAUGGUCAAGCAGCAGCUUUAACACAAGGUUAUGGUCAAUCUGCAACUCCAACACAAGGUUAUGGUCAACCUGCAACUGUAGCUCAAAGCUAUAGUCAAUCAACAACUUUAACACAGAGUCAAACUGUUGUAACCCAGGCAGUGAAUCCAACUCUUGGAUCAACUGUACAAACUUCUACUUUAAAUAGUGUUUAUGGGUCAGUCCAAUCAACACAACCUUCUACAAAUGCUGUUAAUACAACAUCAGCUGUUCAGGCUCAAUCUUCUGUACAACAGCAACUUCCUGCUCAAGGAUAUGGCAUGCAAUGGCAACAACAAAUGCAAUCAUAUCAGACUAAUCAAUUACCAGCUGCACCUGCUGCUAAAUCUGUAUAUACUCCAGCAGUUCCACAAUCAUCACAAGCAGUUCCACCACCACAGCAAGCUGCUCAAAAUUCAGCCGCAGCGGUCUAUUAUCAAGAGAGUCAAGGUUAUUCCCAACAGAACAAAAGACCUCGUUAUUAAAAACUGGUUUGCUUAAAAAGAAAAAGCAUUUUAAGCUUGAGUAUUGAUUUAAACUAAUGAUGUUGUAUACAUAUUUGUUUUAAGCACGGAAAUAUUUUAUAUUGUGUUUA